ACAAUCCCACACAUCUCAAAGGGGGAAGCUUCCUGUUUUGUGGUAAAUCAUAUUUCUGUUAAAUUAGGGGAAAAUUAUACGAGUGACAAGCGACAGAUAUUUGAUCAUUUGCUCAGUAAAAUAUCGACAGAAAAUAAAAAUGAGACUAAUUUUUAAAAUUGUAGGUUUAUUCAUUUUUAUUGCGGAUGUAAAUAGCACUGCUUUUGAUGAUAUCAUCGGUUGCAGUACGGGCUUGGCAGAGAUAUGUUUCAGGGGUUUUUUCACAUCGCUUGUAAGCCUUUCUGAAGAGCACAGCGAAGACAAUAUCUCUGAUAUAUGCAGUACGACUGAUGAAAGAAUUUCUUGUGCCAGUAAUAUUAUAGAUAGUGAUUGCAAUAUUAAAGAUGGGAGAGCUAAUUUCGACAAUUGGGUUCAAGGUCUGACAUCAGUUUAUAAUUACUUAUGCAUCGAGAGCAGACAUUCAUUAAACGAUAUGUUAAUGACCUACAAUGGCGAGAGAUGUUUUGACUUGAUAAAUUACAUUCAAUGUGUUGAACAUAAAACGAGAGUGACUCAUAUUAUCGAUCUUCUUCAUGUCUCACUAGAUGUCAAUGAAUGCAAUUGGAUACUAAUUGCUUUUACAACGUGUGGCACUAAUUCAAUUAAUCGAGAUAGCCACUGUGAUGAAGAGAAGAUUGAACACACAUUGAAUGAAAUAGUGCAGAUCUUUAUACAGCAAACAAGAUGUACUAAUAUUUGCUCAAAUUCCUCAAGAUUUCACAUCUCCAUUGAGUUUAUGCUUCUAUUAUUUAUUUUUGUGAAAUUGUUAUAGAGUUAUUCACGUUUUAUAUUUGUAAAUAAACAAUUUAAAA